GGCUGAGGUGGAGGAGGUUCUUUCACGGAGAGUCUCCAUUUUUCGGGGUGGGUGCAUUAUGAAAGUGUUUAAGGAGAUAAAGGCUCUCAUUUCAACAAGAGAAUUGGAAGGCGUUGUACCACAGCAGAGUAUUCCUUGCAGAAAGAGAUGGGAAUGAUUUUGGUUGAUUUAAUGAGCAGUGAGAGCUCUGAAGGAGUUUCUAGAUGGGAUUUUGGGCUGGUGACUAUGUUUCUUCUUAAUGUGUCCCAUAACUUUUUUGCCUAAAGCAUCUGUUCACCACAGCUGGAAGAAAUUCUGGAAUUAAGGAAGACCCUUAACAGCAAAAUGGAUAAAACAUUGAUUUUUUUUUUAUAUAUGUGUUUUUAGACUGUGUGGCAUUAGCUUGCUAAACCGUGCCAUCAGAUGAUGUAAGUAAUGGAGUGUAAUAGGACUCAGGAAAGUGGAUGCCAUGUAAAUGGGAGAGAGCACUAAUAAGAAAAAGGAAGGAAAAUUGUUUCAGGGUUCUCACCUGCUGACAAGAGAAUGAGUUCUUAGGCAGUUCAUCCUGUAGGUAAUCUGUGCUGUGGAAAUUGAUGGUGAGAGCUCUCCAUCUGCCUCUGAAGCAGCAGGCAUUGCUCUGCUACUGGCAUCUGCUACAGAGGCAGCCCAGGCAUGAGGGUGGUAAUCCCUCAGGCUGCAUUUUGGCAUCUCUGGUUGAUGUGAGGAAAUUAGAAUUGGUCCUUAUUAAAUGUCAGGGAACUGGGAACCCCAUUUUCAGUGAAGAAAAGGUCAGCUGUUAAAAAUGAAAGGACCAAAUGGGCAACCAUCUCUGGUUUGAAGCAGGAGGCUGUUCAUGUGGAGGGACCAAACAGGGUAAUUUGCAAACUCCAGUUAGAAUAAUAAGUCUUUAUGCCUGAAAUAUGAUUAAGGUUCAUAUUCCUGAGGGGUGUCAAUGUUGGGUGAUCAGUUGUGCUGGAGUAUGUCAGACAUUCAGCCUGGUGGAUAACAGGGAGACCCUCACAAGCUGGGAAGGAAAAUACCAUGUACAACCAUGAACAAGGGUGCUGAGUUACAGGAGCACUCAAAUGUUUGCUGUGGAAUACAUUUUAGUUGUUUAAGUGCUUUGGCUUGUUUUUUGUUCAGGUACACUAACUGUCCGCAGGAAUUCCUUGCUCAGUGUGGGUUGUUGAAGUAGAAAGGAAAAUGGAUGUUGCUUUCUGAAGCCUGAUGUGGUCUGUGGCAGUGCUGCACUGUGCAUAGCACAGCACUACUCAUUGCUUUCAUGGGCCAGGAACACAUUGCAGCAGAGAGGCAGGGCAGGGUGUCUGUACUUGCCAUAUUAUUUCAUGCCAGCCGAAAGGUUGGUGGUGUGUUGGCCCUGCUUCCCUCCGAAAGCAGCAGAUACCCUCAGUGACCUUACAGCAGCUGAGUGAGAGCUCUCAGAGAGGUGCUGAUGCCAGAAAGAGUGACUUGGGUAUCUGACAGGAUGGGUGGUGCGCACAGAGGAGAGAUAGCUUCCCGUGGCACCGCUAUAAAAUUGAGCACUUCUCCUGUGAAACAAUCUGAGAGCUCAGGUGUGUUGUGCUUUUGUAUGCAUCCUGUAAGGAAAACGUCUUCUGAGUGCAAAGCUACAAGAAAUGCAAAUCAGAGUGGCUCUAGGUCUUGAACUACUUGCAAAAAAACUACCGUGAGGUUAAGGGACUGGUGACAAAGGUCUCAAGCUUUGUGUCUUAAGGCUGGAAAAAAAUGUUGACAGUUUUUCCUACUGGGAAAUUGCAUUCCUGUGCCACAUAUGAACUUCAGUAGGUUGAAAGAAAAACUUACGUCACACCUCUGAUUGCAAUCUCGCUUUUCUUUCUUUUUUUUCCACCACUUCUUUCAGAUGGGAUUAAUAUAGCCAAGGACUUGCACAUAAUUUAAUAAAACUUUGAAAAAGUAGGAGUUUACUGCUAUAAAUGAGGGAUCAACAGAAAAAAGAAAGAUGUCAAGUUAAGAGGCUUCAACUCCUGCAACACCUAAACUGAAGCUGGUGCCGUGUUUCCCUCUGGAAUCUGUCUCACCCCCCUGCAGAUGCCAGCCCUCCCACGAGCGGCACCCUGCUGCAAGUGGUAGCUGGUGCAGUGAGGCUACCAGUGAGUAUUUGAAGAGAUUCCCCCUGUGUCUGCUUCCCAGUGCAGCUCCCAUGGCCUGUGACGAACCCACUGCUCUCUCGGGCAUCUUCACGCGCCAGAACUCUGCCAGCACCAUCUCUCUGGACUUCGAGCCUGACGCGGACUACAAGUUUGUUGAAACCUUAGAGGAUCGGUACAAGUGCGCCUACUGCCACCUCGUCCUUCACAACCCCCACCAGACGGGAUGUGGGCACCGAUUUUGCCAGCAGUGCAUUCUUUCUUUGAGGGAGUUAAAUGCAGUACCCACCUGUCCUGUCGACAAAGAAACAAUAAAAAUGCACGAGGUAUUCAAAGACAACUGCUGUAAGAGAGAAGUUCUCAAUUUGCAUGUGUUCUGCAAAAACUUUCCUGACUGCAAUUCAAAAAUAAUUCUGGGACGAUAUCAGGAGCAUCUUCAGCAGUGUUUGUUUGAAAGCAUGCAAUGCACUAAUGAUGGAUGUUGUGAUCGAAUUCUUCGGAAAGACUUGAAAGAACACUUGGGCCAGCACUGUAAAUUUCGAGAAGAAAUGUGUCAGUACUGUAGUACAUAUGUGGUGUUCAUUAACAUAAAGAAUCAUGAAAAAGAUGACUGUCCUAAUUAUCCUGUGCCUUGUCUCCAAAAUUGUUCACAAAUAAUUCUGAAAAAAGAGAUUGAAAAGCACCAGGCUGUGUGCCCUGAGGCAGAAGUGGACUGCCCGUAUAAGCAGUACGGAUGUCUUGCAAAGGUUAAAAGAGGGAAACUUGCUGAACAUGAAAACACUGCCCUGAGGGAACACAUGCUGCAGAUUUUAGACAAGAACUCCCGGUUGGAAGAACAGAUAUCUGACCUAUAUAAGAGCCUGGAAUGUAAAGAGAUUAAAAUCCAGCAGCUGGCAGAGGCCAUUAAAAAGUGUGAGAAGGAAUUCAGACAGUAUACACAACUGUUUGGUAAAAAUAGCAACUUGAUGGUAAGCACACAGGCUUUGGCCAGCCACCUGGAUAAGUCUGCACACCUGGAAUCACAAGUGAAACAGCUAAUACAGAUGGCAAACCAGCAGCAGAGUAAAUUAGACUUGCGGCCCCUGUUUGACACAAUCGAAAACGUAAAACAGAAGAUUGCCCUGAUGGAGACAUACGAUCAGCGCUUGGUUGUUUUGGAAGAUCAGUCCAGCAAACAUGAUGUCCAGAUCAAUAUUCACAAAGCACAGCUCAAUAAAAAUGAAGAACGAUUUAAGCUUUUGGAAGGCACGUGCUACAAUGGGAAAUUAAUCUGGAAAAUCACAGACUACAAGAUGAAGAAGAAAGAAGCAGUGGAAGGCCGUGUCCUCUCCAUAGCCAGCCAGCCCUUUUACACCAGCCGCUGUGGGUACAGGUUGUGUGCGAGAGCCUACCUGAACGGGGAUGGCUCAGGGAAGGGAACACACAUCUCUCUCUACUUUGUAGUGAUGAGGGGGGAAUUUGACUCACUGCUGCUGUGGCCUUUCAAGCAAAAAGUUACACUCAUGCUUUUGGACCAAAGUGGGAAAAAAAAUCACAUUGUGGAAGUCUUUAGAGCAGACCCCAACAGCAGCAGUUUCAAAAGGCCAGAUGGGGAAAUGAAUAUCGCCUCCGGAUGUCCACGCUUCGUGCCGCACACGGUCCUGGAGAACACAAAGAACACGUAUAUCAGAGAUGACACUCUGUUUUUGAAAGUCGUCGUGGAUUUAACUGAUCUGGAGGAAUUGUGAAAAUUGUUCCCAAUCAAUGUGACUGCUUUAACCAUUCAGAACUGCUUUCUUGGUGACUACCAGCCAUGCAAUAGUGAAUUGCCACCAGUCAAGCUACUGAGAAUGUUUCACGGCUUUUGGACUCAUAAGAGAUAAUGAAUUGCCAAAGCAUCAGCCUUUCCUUUUUUAACCCUUUUUUCAAGACUGCAUUUUUAAGGCAGCUAGAAGUCCAGUUUGAUGCAAACAUGCAUUCAAUCCAGAUUGGCUCAGUCCAGGCUGGGGGGAAUGCUUUUCUCCCAUCACCAAACUGGUGUUUGGAGAUGAAACUCCUCCAGUAACCUCCCUGGAGCCCAGGCAGGCCUGUGGGCUCCCAUCCCUCACAAAGCAGUGAAGCCAUGCCCAAACAUGCAAGUGCAUUUCACCUGUCUGCAAUAGAAACAUUUCAACAUUAGCAAAUUUGAAUCAAUGUGUCUUGAUCCCUCCAUCUCCUGGAUUUUUGAAGAGGGGAGAAUGGCUUCAGUUAGGCAGGGAAAAUAUUUGCCAAGUAUCUUGCAUUUUUAUAAUUUGUUUUAAUUAUGUUUUUCCAGAAAGCCCAGAGGAAGGCACCAAUGCCUCUUACUUUUUUAGCCUGUUUUUUCGGCUAUAUAGAGUACGCCCAGGUCACAACAGCUUUCUUAUGUCCUUUCCUUUCCUGCCUAGUGCCUUGGGACUGAUUUCCAUUAGUGGUAAACAUCCACAGUCCCCAUCUGAAGCCAAAAGCUGCAGGCACUUCUCACCUCUCAGGACAUGGCCAGAGGCAGGGCACUCGGCCAGCCUGCCAGCUCUUGGCUGCACUGUUGGAAGAGGGGCAAAACUCCUUUUUCUUCCACAUCUGUGCAAAAUUGAUGUUUUCUGGCCUACAAGCUUUAUAAAAGGCAGGAAAAGCUUUGGAUAUCUGCCUGGGAGAAGGCCCAUGUAACAUGCGCUGUUUCUCUCUCCUAGAAAUUGGAAUGUUAGGGGAAGAAGGGGGAAAAGGGAUUAGGGAGUGAGGUUGCAGUAGGAACCCAAUUCUCACAGAUAGUGCAGCUCUAGUCUUUGUUAAAGGGUGACACAGCCACAGUAACAACUGCUGACUGUGUUGCCUGAAGAUAAUUCUCAUUCCAAGUUCCUUCCAUACUGCAAGGGAAUGUGUGCAUUGUAUGGGGUUUAUUGGAGACCCACUAAAACUAUCAAGAUCAGGCACUGAGGAACAAGUGACACAGAAUACACGUGCCUUUUUAAAGCCUUUUGGGUGCCUGUAACAGGGAUGUAAUUUUGCAUUCUCAGCCAUUUUGUUAUUACAAGUGACAGAAUUUUGCAUCUCUCAUCUCUCACAGAUCAGGUAGUGAAACACCACAGCAUUAUCCAUUGCUCCAAAGCUUAUCAAGAGACAGCAAGACAAUAAGCUGGAUUUAGAGUAAGAGUAAACUAGGCAGGAUAAAAAUCAAAACGAGGCAUGGACUGAAAGGUAUAAGGCAGAAAAUUCAAGAGGGCAAAUGUGGCAAAAUGAAAAAUGCCCUCUCUGUGCGGGAUGUUGAUAUCAACUAAAAUAAUUCAAGGUUUGGUACUAAGAUGAAGGCAAAAUCCUGUUUUUUGUAUCUGCAAUCUUAUUGCUAGACAUUUACUUUCCCACAUGGUUUUCAGGACGUAACUCAGACACAUAUAUUUUCAAAUUGGGGGGUGGAAGGGAAGAGACCUGAGUAAUCUAUACCUCAUGGUGGGUUAGCACACCUGAAAUCUUUGUUUUCAUCUAGAAGUCCUUUUUGUUUUACAAUGUCAGGAUGUACUGAGCCACCAUAGGGGCUUUCCGUGUUCCCAGAGACAGAUGGCAAGGAACAAAUUUUAUUCUUUUGUACCACCAUGAUUGACUUCAAGAGUCAUUUCAGCUGUACAGCAUAAAGAAUUAGGCCUGAUGGCCCUAGCAUUGUUACAGAAAGAGAAAGCUUGGUUUGACAGUGGUGUGGCAUUCUGUGUCAUCAACCCUGAGCCUCAGAUGUGGAUUUCAUGUUGAUUAUUACUUCAAUAUUUGUCAUGUAACUUUCAAAGUGACACAACUUGCAUAAUAACCACUAAUAACUGAUGGAAAUGUACCAACCAUGUGUCCUGGGACUCCCCAGUACUUUGAGUGUAAAAUACAGAAAAUGAUAAAGAACUCGGACAAGCGAGGGAGGCAAGAUGGAAAGGAUACGGUCUGUAUCCUGGCAAAUACCCAGCCCUCUCCACCUCCACCACCCCAAGCGUAAAAUGGGGAUAAUAAUACUUGCAGAAGUGUUAGAGCUAUUUAAAUGUUUGUGAAGAAGUUUGAGCAUGAAGAGAGCUAGGUAUUAUUAAAACUCCAUUUCUAAUUGUUAGAGUAGGUGAUGGCACAGUGACGUGGAUAAGUGUUUCGUGUUUUCCUGGACAGAUUUUGAAAUCAUGUUUGGUUUUAGCCAGUUUGUACUGCAAUCUCUACCUACUGGUUGGGUUUAGGUUUUUGCCACGAAUAUUCCUCUUAAAAUUUUGAAGCACAAAUGAUUCAUCCUGGGUGUUGGAAACAUCCCUUUUGAAAUACUGCCUGUUUUCUAAAUAAUUAGUUGAGAAAAUUGUUUUUUUUUAAAGGCAAGACCUUCUUUAAAUUGGUUUUUUUAUUACAGUAAUUGAGAGAUUUAUGUUAAAAUUUUCAGUGAUUUUUUUACUACUUGUAAACGGGAUUUUAAAUUUCACCCCAUUCCUAAUAAAGAAAAAAUAUGUUUUAUAGCAUGAAUUGUCAGGAAGAAUUUUGAUGUUGCAUGAAAAAAAUACCAAAAACCUUCUCAAUAAUAUUGUACUGGAUAAGUAACCAAAAGAGCUUAGGGUAUUUCUACAUCAGCAUACAGUAUGUUUCUAACGUAUUUAUUGACAGUUUGUAGUUGUUUGAAUAUCUCUUACUACAAUGCAUUUUUCUAGCCGAAUGUCUUCACUGUGUACAUAAACUAAUGUAAGAAUAAAUAAUUUUACCAUCCUUCUGGA